UGCUGACUUGGACUGUGUAGUAAACACUGUGAAAGUUUGUGAGUCAGUGUACAACUUGCAGAUAUAAUAAUGGAAAAUGGUGAUGGAAAAUUAUGUUGGAAGCCCAAAGAGUAUUACCACCCUUCUCCAGGAUUACAAUAUGGAAUUGUUCUGCUGAACGAAGCAGUGAACAAGACAAACGUGCAUUAUGUCAGCUUUCUUUGGCAGCAUGAAGACAGCCAAGUUGAAUGUGUCAUAGCUGUAGGCCUACAUCUGAAAAUCCUGCAUCUUCAACUUCAAGUACCCGAGAUGUCUUCCCUGCAGUAUCAUAGAUCUGUGAUGAAACCGUCAUCUAUGAAAUAUAGUUUUUCAGUGACACUAAGAAUAGAGCAUGUGACUGUGAUUGCAGGGCUUCGCACUGAACGAUUUGAUCAUGUAAUAGCCAAUAUUGCAACUUUGUACAAGGUAGAGAUGCUGAUCUCGGUGCCUGUGGUUAUUGUGUGUGGAGGAAGCAUAUAUUGGCUACUAGCUGCUGGUGACCAUAGUAUACAGGUAGCUGAAGAUAUUAUAUUCAAUCCUCAGUGCUCCUGGUGUGGCCUUGUACCAGUUGGUCAACCAUCUACUGUCACUACUACUGGCUUAAAAUGGAAUUUAAACAAUCAAGUAUUGGCAUUUGGACAUGUGGUGAGCACUUCUAAUACCUUUGAUCCCAUCUGCUAUGGAGUUGUCACAGUGACAACUUCCCAGCCUCUCCUCUGGACCAUGGGUUGGGAUAUAGAACAUGCUCCCACACUGCAGGAAAUAGAAGAUCACACAUCUUCCAGGUUUCCCAGUAAAGGAACCUCAGAAGUAAAUUGUCUUGGUUGCCCCACUUCAACUCAUGGCAAUUAAAGCAACAUUCAAGCAAGUCUCAUCACGUAAAUUCUUCAGCUGAAAUUUAAAACACUUAAAGAUUUGUGUAAUUGUUGGCUAAGAUUACAGAUGUUUUCUUCAAAUAUUAAUUACCUAUUUGAGUUAGAUGUAUAGAGGAAAUGUUAGCCAUUUGGCCCACUUUUUUAUUUCUGAUGAAUUGAUGGGAAUUAGUUCAAUUGCACUGUAGUACAUUUACUUUUGAUUCACUGUGUUAAGUCUGCGUCUCCUGCCAUUGUCUUGUUUGUGCCUGUAUGGUUCUCAUCUUUGCCAAGAAUGAUUUCAGAACUAUUAUUAUCUUUAUGUAUAUUUGCUUUUUACCUUUGGGAAUGUCUCAUCCUCAGCUGAGCAACAACAUGCAGAUUACAAGUGCAUCCCCUUCCCAUAAUGCAUCCAUGUACCUAAUGAUACACAAAUAACACGCACUUAGGAGAGAGAGAAAGUAAUGACAAGGUUACGGUAUGACUUGGACCAUUGACAAGUCACACUGAAGCAAGAAAGGAAGGUCAGAAUAUAUAAGAGGAUGCAGGGGAAGAAGGAAGAGAGAUAUGGUAGUGAUAACAGAAGUAGUAGUAAUAGUAGUAGUAUAAAAAUAGUAGUGCCGCAGAGGUAGAAACAAGAAGGAAGCAGAGGUAGGAUAAAUGGAAAACUAGGAAAAAUUAUGGCAGAUAGUGCAGUAGUAAUAAAGAAAUAGUAAUAGAAGUAUUGUAUUUUCUGGCAUACAAGGUGCAUGAGCAUAUGAGACACAUAAGAUGAUGUUUCCAAGCAAUUGUAACCUAACAUUGGUAAACAACUGCUGAAGAGUAACCCAAAGCCUGCCCUUGACUAUGACCUUAAGUAUAUAAGAUGCAGAAUGAUUUUUGAAGACUUUUUUGUGAAAAAUGCACACCUUAUAUGCAGGAAAAUACAGUGGUAGUAGUGGUGGUAGUAUUUCAUAAGAACAAGAGUACAAAGGAGCACUGCAGGAGAGAUACUGGCCUAUGGCCAUAGGAUAAAAACCCUGUGGGCAAAACCUUCAAAGGACAGAACCUACCAAGGCAGAAGACAAGAAAGCUAAUGAAAAUACAGGAAAAGUGAAGAGAUGAGAGGAAGAGGCAAAGGUAAGGUUAAGUCAUGAGUGUUCUGAAGUUUAGAGCAUUUGGGAAUGCAAUGAGAAAGGCAGGCAUCAACAAAGACAAAGCCAGGACUAAGAUUCAUGUUAGGAAUGUUGUGUAUAAGGGAUGCUUCAACAAGAUGGCAUCUGUGAAGUCUAGAAGAAGGGUAGAAAGAUUUUGGACCAAAGAUCUCUAACAUGACAGAAAAGAGCAUUGUUAGUGUCAGCAUGGUUAACACUUCUUUUUGUCGUCAUUGCCCUCAUUCUCCUCCUCCUCGUCCUCGUCCUCAUUCUCCUCCUCCUCUCUCUCUUUCUCUUUCUCUUUCUCUUCUCUUCCUCCUCCUCCCCUGCCAUUGCUUCUCCCUUAUUCCCCUUUCUUAUCUCCUAUAUGUAUUCUGGCCUUCCUUCUCACUUUAGUGUGUCUUGUAAGUGGUCCAAGUUGUACCAGACUCAUUAAUUUUCCCUUUCCUUGGUACAUGCUACUUGUAUAUUGUUCCAGACAUGGCACUGUGACUUUUUAUUCUAUCUGAUCCUAAUGAUAAUUAAAAAAUGCCACCCCAUUAUCCUGAAAUAAAAAUUCCUUAAGUGUUAAGAGACUAAGAAAAGCCUAAAUGAUUUGUCAGAGAAUUCUACAUACUGGUUUGACUUGUGUAAACAAGUGAGGGAGUCACUGCUUCUCUCAGUGACAAACACAAAUACAGUGGACCCCUGGUUAACGUAAUUAAUUCAUUCCAGAGAGCAUGUCUUAUACCAAAUCUGACUUAAUCCAAAUUAAUUUUCCCCAUAAAAAAUAAUGGAAAUCCAAUUAAUCUGUUCCAGACACUCUAAAGUAUAAACAAAUAUUUUUUUUACAUGAAAUAUACAUUUCCCUACACAGAAAACAAUGAGACAUGCAGAGUAAAACAUUACUAAAAUGACACUUACCUUUAUUGAAGACUUAUUGAUGAGUGAUGAGAUGGGAGGAGGGGAGAGGAUGGAGGUGUACUAGUGUUUGGAAGGGGAAUCCCCUUCCACAAGGACUUCAGGUACCAAGUUCUUUUCUGGGGUUACUCCCCUUCUUUGUUUUUCAAUGCCACUAGGACCAGCUUGAGAGUCACUGGAACCCUGUCACACAAAAUAUCUGUCCAGAGAGCUCUGUUUCUGGCGUCUCUUUAAGAUUUCCCUGAAAUAGGACACAACAUUGUCAUUGUAGAUGUUGCCAGCACGGCCUGCAGCAGCUGUGUCAGGGUGAUGUUCAUCCAUAAUUGUUUGCAUGUAAGAAAGCAGGAACACUGCAGCAGGCCUGUUGGCCCAUACUAGGCAGGUCCUUUGCAAACCAUCCCACUAACAGAAUCGUAUUUGCCCAACCCAAUUUGCAAUGCUUCCCAAGCAAUAAGCUUUGAUAAUUCUAUUCACUCAUGCGCAAGUCCCACUCAAAUCAAAUCAUGUGUGUGGGGAAGUACCCUGUCUGGUGUGUGGGGAAGUACCCUGGCUGGUGUGUGUGGGGAAGUACCCUGGCUGGUGUGUGUGUAGGGAAGUACCCUGUCUGGUGUGUGGAGAAGUACCCUGGCUGGUGUGUGUGGGGAAGUACCCUGGCUGGUGUGGAGAAGUACCCUGGCUGGUGUGUGGGGAAGUACCCUGGCUGGUGUGUGUGGGGGAAGUACCCUGGCUGGUGUGUGUGGGGGAAGUACCCUGGCUGGUGUGUGGGGAAGUACCCUGGUUGGUCUACAUAAGAAAGCAGGAACACUGCAACAUACCUGUUGACCCUUACUACCACCCUCUAUUACCAUCACAACCACUACCAUCAUCACUACUAAACUCUACCACCACCACUAUUGUAUCUUUCUACAAACUUUUUCUUGAAUUCUAUAGUGUUUCUCACCCUCUUUAUCAAAGGGCUGGCACUAGAAGCUUUCUUUGGGCCCAUGGUAGCUUAUUUAGCAGUUACAAGCACUAAAAACAAUGGAAUAAUACAAAGUGUAACACAUGUACACGUGGAAUCGUCCUCACUGGCUUGUAAACAGUGGCACACUGGCUGUAAAUGGAGUAUCUGGGCCGCUCACACCGCACGGACACAUUCGGGAUGAAUGACUUUAACCAGGUUCAUUGUCAUUAACCAAGCCAAUAUUUUGACACAAAAACGUUACUUAAUCUGAUUAUUACUUAAUCCAAUGACAUCUUAAUCCGGGAUCCACUGUAUGUGUAUAGAAGCAAGAUUGCCUUUAACAAAUGUAGUCACAGUUUAAAAUUUCAUUACAUGCCUAUUGAGUGCUGUUCUGGUGCCUGUGCAGGCAAGUAACAGGAGGUUCAUUCAUACAAGAAGGGAAGUAAGUAAUGCUAAUGAACAGGCACUGGGAAGAAAUAGUGCUGCAGUAUUUUUUGCCACACAGUUCAUUUCCCUCCAAGGUUGGGUGACCCGAAGAAGGAAACACAUUCAACGUCAUUUGAGAGUUACCUUGCCAGAUGCACACGGACAUAAUAAUUCAAAUGAUCUGCUGAACUACAACAUCCCCACCCAUCAAUCUUAUUUGUUACUAACAAAAUCUUAUUGAUUUAAACCUAAGAUGAUGCUUGGCUCUUUAUUCAUGGCCUGUAUUUUACCUGGAGAGUGUUCCAGGGGUCAACACCCCCACAGCCCAGUUCAUGACAGUAGUCUCCCAAGCUCAUUCUAUGUUCUCUCUCCACAUUACAUAGAGGUAACCCAGCUUCAGGAAGGAUGAGAAGGGAAUACAGUAUGAAUACCAUUCAAGAAUGAUUGCCAUCUUCAGUGAGCUCUUGUUGAUCUACUAGAACUCACUUUUAUAAGACUGUAUAUUAAGAUAUUUUGUGUGCAAGGGGCCUGGACAUACAGCAGGCAUGUGUGUGUGUGUUAGGAGUGAAUGAAGACGAAUGGUUUGUGGGACCUGACAAGCUGUUGGAGUUUGAGCAGGGUAAUAUUUUGUGAAGAGAUUCUGGGAAACCAGUUUGUCAGACUUGGGUCCUGGAGAUGGGAAGUGCAGUGCCUGCACUUUAAGGAGGGGCUAGGGAUAUCUGCUGUUUGGAGUGACAUCUAAACUCAUAUCUUGGCACCUCUGCAAAGACAGCAAUUUUGUGUGAAUGAUGGGGAAAGUGAUUAUUUCUUUUUAAAGUCACACUGCCUCGGUGGAAGACAGCCAACAUGUUGAAAAAAAUAAUAUGUACAUGUAAUUUGAUAUAAUAUAACUUUUAUAUUUUUUAACACGCUGGCCAUCUCUAUUUCUUUAUACCUUUAUGGACUGAUAAAGUUCCGGUAGAUGAAACAUCUCGAUAAGUGCCAUAAAGUCCAUUUUGUGUCAGUCACAAAAAUGCACAUGCAUUAUCACUUACAAAAGAAUCAAGUCAUAUUGAAAAAUUCUUGUAAAUCUUUUUUUAUACUGUAUAUACUCUUUUUUAACUCAGGCUGUCUCCUGCCAAGGCAGAGUGACCCAAAGAAGAAAACACAUGCUCCAUUAUUCAUUCAAUUGCCAUCUUUUCAGAAGCAGGCUUUAUUUCAGUUUACUGUAUAUUCUUAUUGGUAUGUGUGUAAAUUGCUUGAUAUUUGUGCUUAUGCCUCAGUGCUUUGAUUAUGUAAUUUUAUAUGUUUGACAGGUGUUUAUUAUAUAAAAGCAGCUGAAUAUUUUAAAAUAAUUCAGUCUUUGUGUAUCUGCUUUUGUAGUUUAAAUAUGCCUGUAUCUUACUUCUCACUUCAUCAUCUGAGCCAUUAACAUCAUUGUGCAGUGGUACAUACACAACCAUUCCUUAACACAUUCAGGGUCAGUCCCAUUGUAUCACGGCUUUGAAGCCAGUGUCGAUCCCGUAGUACAAUGCCAUGAGCUCAGCUCGCUCAGAUAAGCUGUGAGUGGUAAAUUUGGGCCUAGAUAUGAGAGAAUGGGGUUAUGUGGUAAGUGUGCACUGUAUAAAAAAAAUUCUGCAGCAUGCAGUGCUGCAGAAUUUAAACUAUUUAAACUACCCAGUAGUUGGGUAGUUUAAAUAGUUCAGUGGGCAGUUUCUUGUACUCAAUCGAUACAGUGGAGGACAUACUAGCAAAAUAGCCAAGAAUUUGGUCAACUGGAACAAUGGCAUUGGCCUAAAGUCGGACUUUGAUGAAAUUGCUGAUGCUUAAUGUCGACACAGCAAAAUUCGCGAACAUGUAAUUUUGCCAGUUGUCCAUCAAAUUUUGUACUUUUUGCUUAUUAUCUUCAGAAAAAGAUUCUCUACCAUUUCAUAAGAUUUUUUUUUUUUUUUUUUUUUUUUUAAUUUUGCAACCCUGAGAGCAAGUUUAAGAGCAGGGGUCACAACCCUGAAAGGGUUAAUACGUUUUGUAUUUGGUUAGAAAUGUUGCAUCAGUAUUGUAUUGCCAACAUAUAUUCAAUAAUAAUAACAUAGUUUAUUGUACAUGAUUUGCAAAUUCAUUGUACAGUUAUUCAUUAAAUGUAAGUGUGCAUAGAUGCUUUCCUGACUUGUUACCCAUCAGGCAUUUUUACAAAGCAGGAGGGUUAAAAAAGUCUCUGUAAGAUAUCCGGCUCAUCAGCGGGUAUAAAAGUGGUCUAUACACAAAGCUCUUCCAGGGUAUA